AUGGAAGAAGGAUUUCUCAAUGGAACAAUGCAAGACAGCCAGAAAGAGGAAACACAAUCCUUGAAUGAAGAUACGGAGGUGGCUGUUGAAGUUGAUGAUUCCCAAGAUGGUGAUAUUGUCAUCACUGAUGAAGAGAAGGCACAACAAAGUGAGGAGAGUAAGGAGUUGGUUGAGUCAAGCAAAGUUGAAGAGACACAUAAAGAUGUUUCUGAAUCAGUUGCUGAGACUUUUGAGGCUGAUGCUGUGAAAGAUGCUCAAAUUGAGAAUACAGUGGAAUCAGAUACUGUUAAGUUGGAAUUUCAUGAAGAUUUUGAAUCCGAUCCAGAUGGGGUCAAGGAAACAGAUUUGCCUCCUUCAGUUUCAGGAAAUGAGGGAUUGAGAGAAACUGAAGUGGUUGAAACAACAAUUGUCAAGGACAUGACGGUUGAAGAAGAGGAGAAGAAUGCUGUGUCUCAUGCUGUAUCAGAAAAGUUACUUGGGGAGGGUGAGGAAGCAAAUGAAGUUUGCGGUGAUUCUUCUUUGACUCUAGCUGAUGUGGCUUCAGAGGAAACUGUGGAGACAAGUGUUCCAAAAUCAGAUGAGAGUGGCAAGGUUGCUCCAACCAUGAUUGAGAAAUCAUUGGAUUUGAACCAACCUUUGGAUGAGAAAGUAGAGGAACCAUCAGGUACUCUAGAAGAGUCAUCCUAUGAAAGUGCCAAGGAGUCUUUUCAACCAUCACCUAGUGUUGUUCCUGAUGCUGAAACCAAUGAAAAUCCGACCAUAGUCCCUGUGACUCAAAGGGAAACCAGUUCUUGGAAAAGUUGCUGCGGACUCAUUGAGAUUAUGACGGGUGGUGAUAGAUAA